CGCUCGGCGCCGCCAUGUUCAAGGAUGAAAUUCUUUAGUGUGAGACUGGUAAUUCGGCUGGGGGCCACCCCUGUUAGCUUGGGCUUGCUCUCUAUCCAGGUUUAUGCUUCCUCUUCGGAGAAGGAGACUUCCAAAAAGGACGUGCUGAAAAUUGAGGAGCUGUCACUCUACUCCUCUCCAGCUUGUGAGACUAAAUAUGUGGAGAAUCCAAGAACCGAAUUGGAGGAGGGGGUUUCUCAUUUACGGCAUGUCAUGGAGCCAUACACAGCCUGGUGUCAGGAACUUUAUGACAAAGCUAUGCCCAAAUUAGAAAAAGCUGUUGAGCAUGGUAGAGAGGGCUAUGAAUUUCUUCAAAACCCCCCUGCUGGGUUUUAUCCAAGGCUUGGUGUGAUAGGUUUUGCUGGAAUUAUUGGAUUGUUUCUUGCUAGAGGCUCAAAAAUAAAGAAGUUAGUGUAUCCUACAGGUCUUAUGGCUCUUGGUGCCUCCAUGUAUUACCCUCAGCAAGCAGUUGCUAUUGCACAGGUUGCUGGCACACAUUUGUAUGACUGGAGUCUUCAGGGAUAUAUUGCUGUAGAAUCUCUUUGGAAGGAUAAUCCUAAGAAGAAGAAGUCUGGGAAGAAAGGUGAUAAGGGUGAUGCAGAUGAUAACAAUCCCCUGGAAAUCCAUGCUACUUCAAAUGAAGAGCGAGCUCGAAAGUAGACCACCAGGUCACUUGGCAUCAAACAGGUGAACAAAAAAUACAGUUAUGUGCAACAACUAACCGAGAAAAAGAGGAAAACUAUUGGAAUCCAUUUUGAAUGUGAUUAAUCUGCCUUCUGCCUCAGAGAAGACUGACAGUGUGCUGCUUGGGCAUCGGGUAUGAAAUCUGUGAAAGGACACUACAUAUUUCGGGUCAGUCUUGAGAUCUGCAGUAGGACUCAAGUCUGCCCAUGCUUGUCCCAUUGCAGGAUCAGCAUCACAAGUUAGCAAGUCUCAAAAUCCUUCAGUCUCUUGUUAUUAUUUAUAUAUAAAAUAAAAUUCCAGUUACACAGAAUGGUCCUGUUUUUUCCCUCCUCCUGUCUUCUUUAAGCUCAUGUGUGUGACAUGCACAGUCAAUGGAAGGUUCUCGAGAUGCUGUUGACAACGCCUGUAUUUUUUAACAGUGAGGAAAAGCUUAAAGUAGCAUGAUGUUUUGGCUAACAUUAGCUAAUAGAAUUAGGAAUGAGAACAAUUACAAUGACUCUUGUGUUUUGUCUGAGUCUCCCCCCUUCUUUCUAUACAAAUCUUCUGCUUCAUCAGUGCCAGCAGGAGGUAUAUAAUGAAGCAUCUGUGAGUUCCUGUCUAUUAGAUGGAUGGGAAUGGAGCUGUUGGUGUUUGUUCUUGUUUUUGCUUGAAUGCACAGCUCAAUGGGAACCAGAAAGUUAUGGUGGUGGGAACCAGCUAUAGAAUAACUUGGCUGUUUCCUUAUUUCCAGCCAUGGGGAGGGGGGGG